AUGAAGGAAGGAACAUCACUGAUAGAAAGGAGAAGAGAUGGUGCACUGGUGUUGCCGUUAACAAUGAAUAUAGUUGAUGUGUUUCGGGAACAUCUUGAAUCACGUCAUGCACGCAAGGAAGUCAAAGCAUCUGCCAUGAUUAUGGGGAAUCAAUGCGUACGAUUAACAUCCAAGGGUACUUGCUCAUUUCAGUUUGCACUGAAACAGCGAAUCGAUCUCAAGGAAGAGCCAUUUGGUGACAAAGAGAAAAUGAUGGUCGACUAA